CUUUCUACUUUUCUUUUCCUCUCACAGUACUCCUCUGUGCAUCCUGCUCAUAUGCUGCCACUAUAAUUGCCUUCCGUGGUCAAACUGCCCGACUUCCUUGCAAUGCUUUCCUUCACAUGCAAGCCAGAGUCGAUCCCAACACAGUCAUGGUAUCAUGGACGGAGAUGGAGAUGCCUUUUGACCUUGUGAACUCCACCUACAUGCAAAAUGGCCGAUACAGCCUGGAUAUCACCGACUACAGCUUGUUGUUAGACAGCGCCAGCCCGCACACAGACAACCGCACAUUCCGAUGUCUUGCACGAGGUAUUGCCAACCCAGCAUCCCUCACCACCACCACUGCUGGUCUUACAGUGGGCAUCACGCAGGCUACACUAACUACAAAAGCAGAUCCUCUUGAUGAGAGGAACGACACCACUUCAUCCACAACUACGCUUAUUUACAAUGAAACCAUGACAACCAAUGAGCCUCCUUCAAUGCUACUGGUUGAUACGGAGCUAAUGAACUCUUCUGAAAUCAUGCUGCUUGUUGCAGAACCUAUCCCACCAGGUGAACCUAAAGCCUUGAAGAUAAACAGCACAUCCCUGGUAUUAAGCUGGUUGCCUAGCGAUGGCCCCAUCUCUAACUACUCUGUCAGUGUCAGGAAAGGAAACUACACAUCUUCCUGGGAUCUAGCAGUUAACCAGCCCCCUGGUGCAAGCUCUGAAUACACAGUCUAUGGCCUCAUGCCCUACGAGUUCUACCAGUUUCAUGUGAGGGCGCACUUCUCAACGGGCUAUUUUAAAGACAGUCCCGUCUCCAAGCUCAUCCGUACGGCACAAGGGAAACCAUCUCAGCCGCCAGGGAACGUAACCGUGACGACCCGCGGACCUUUCACCAUCGCUGUGUCCUGGAAACCACCUCCUCCCAACAGCAUCAACGGUGUCCUUCAAAACUACAAGGUCAUGGUAUCACCGGGCAGCCAGGUCAUCAAACUUGGCCCUUCCACAUUGAGCACAGUAAUAACCAACAGAAAACCCUUCACUCUGUACAUCGUCACCAUAGCUGUUGUGAACAGUGCUAAUGAGACUGGUCCAUUCAGUCCUACAGUCAACACUUCUACAGAUGAAUCAGUUCCAGGCCCACCUCACGGUGUGAUCCAGGUGGGUAAGAACCCAAGAAGUCUUCAAGUCUUCUGGAACAAACCAAACCUCCAGAAUGGCAAGAUCCUCUUCUACUACGCCUACAUCAGGAGGAGGGACUCUUUCUUCUGGAGUCGGUUCAAGACCAGCAAGCAGCAUCACCUCUUCUUGGGACUAGAGGUGUUCACUGACUACAUCAUCAAGGUAUCAGCCUCCACCAAUGCUGGAGAAGGACCAAACAGUACUGCUCUCUUUGAGAAGACAGAUGUAACAGCUCCCAGUGAGCCUCACAACAUCACCAUCACCGUCAUCGGCCCUGGCACAGCCCGCAUCUCCUGGAUGGAGCCCUUCAUCUUCUACAACUCCAUCGACAGUUACACUGUCUCCUACCGAGACAUCAAUGUCUCCACGCCCAUGCUCGCGGCUGAGAUCACCAACACCUCACGCCUCCUGCGUAACCUGCAGGAUGAUGCCACGUAUGAGGUCACCGUCAGAGCAUUUACGAUGAGCACAUUCCUUGGCAGGGGUCUCCUCCAGGGAGAGGCAUCCUUACCUCAGAGAUUCGUCAUGGCGUAUGUUCCUCCCACAUCUGGACUGCUUCCUGGAGGUACAAUGAAACCUGGUGAAGAUGCUGGGCGUGUUGUAGGUGUGGUCUUUGCACUCUUUGUUCUGCUUGGUCUAAUUCUGGGUGUUCUGGGCUUUGUGAUUCUCAGGAUGCGGAAGAAGGAUCGUAUGUCUUUCGAGAAGCACGGGAACGGUAUGGCGCCAACAUUCUGCAGGCCAGAUGAUCUUGAGGAGCCAGCCAUUCACAUCAGUAAAUUUGAGAGUCAUGUGAUUGCUUGCCAUGCCAACAGCGAUGGAGGAUUUGCAGCUGAAUAUGAGGAGAUUCAGCAUGUGCCUACGUCAUUCCCUGCGACGUUCAGCUCAGACGUUGAAAACAAGCUUAAAAACAGAUACACCAACAUUGUAUCGUAUGAUUCGUCCCGUGUUUCCUUGCAACCUCUCCCUGGCAUUCCUAACUCGGACUACAUCAAUGCAAAUUACAUAGAUGGCUUCAACAGACAAAAGGCCUACAUUGCUACCCAAGGUGCACUGAAGACUACAUUUGAUGACUUUUGGCGCCUGGUAUGGGAGCAGAAAUCAGUGGUCAUUGUUAUGAUUACAAAGCUAGAGGAAAGAGGAAGGAGGAAAUGUGAUCGUUACUGGCCCGCUAAGGGGACUCCAGAGAGGUACAAUGAGUUAGAAGUCACUCUAGAAUUAAAGGAGAAGUUUGCCAGCUACACACUUAGAACAUUCCUUCUCAAGCACCGGCACAAAAAGACUCCAGAAAAUUAUGCACAUGGUAAGGUACCUGAGAGAAGGGUGUACCACUUCCAUUACACAGACUGGCCUGAUCAUGGUGUCCCACCCUACACACUCCCUGUGCUGUCCUUCAUCCAGCGCUCAUCGGCUGCUAACCCUACAGAUGCCGGCCCAAUCAUUGUCCAUUGCAGUGCUGGAGUAGGUAGGACAGGCACUUACAUUGUGAUCGACACCAUGCUGAAACAGAUGCAAGCUGAGGAGAAGGUGAACGUGUUUGGAUUCCUCAAGAGAAUCAGAACCCAAAGGAACUACCUGGUGCAGACAGAGGAACAAUAUGUGUUCAUCCACGAUGUCCUGCUGGAGUGGUUGAGAGCGGGUAACACAGUGGUGAAAUCAACAGAGCUCAGACAGUAUGUGGAUAGAAUGACGCUACCUGAUGAAGUUGGUAGAGUUGUUCUGGACGAACAGUUCAAUCUGAUUAUGAAAAUGAAGCCCAGAGAUUAUGAGUUCAGCAAAGCAAGACAGAGCAAACACAAGAACAGAGACAUGGACCUUAUUCCAGUUGAGAGAAGUCGAGUACCUAUCUCUGGAGUACCGGGUGUGGAUGGCUAUAUCAAUGCUUCAUUCUUACAGGGUUACCGACGUCAGAACGAGUACAUCGUGACCCAGUACCCAUCAGCAGAGACCAUGGAAGACUUCUGGAAGAUGCUAUGGGAACAUAACUCAACCACCAUCGUCACCCUGACGGACGAUCAGAAGGUUCAGUUAAAGGAGGAUGAACCCAUCUACUGGCCAACCAAUGUCGAUGAACCUUUGACCCUUGGAGCCUUGACCAUCACACUGUGUGAAGAGGAACACUCUAAUAUCUCCUUCAUCACAAGGGAGUUCUUGGUCCAGUCAUCACAGGAUGACGACCAGCUUAAUGUCAGGCAAUAUCACUGUAGCUACUGGCCUGACUGUUGCUCUCCGCUUCACACGGCCUUUGACCUGAUCUAUGCAGUGCAGAAGAGGAAUGAGUUCCUGGAGAGGUCUAACAAGGAGACGGUUGGACCCAUCACAGUCCAUGAUAGGAGUGGAGGUUGCCAGGCAGGGACAUUCUGUGCUCUAUCUACACUACAUCAAGAGAUGAUCCAUGAAGAAGCAGUAGACAUCUACAAAACAGUCAAGCUGUACGCUGCAAAGAGACCAAACCUUAUCACAUCUAGGGAGGACUACUACUACCUCUUCAAGGCCCUCCAAAGCUGUCAUUCUGCAGAGCUUCAGAUCAGGAGUCUAAGACGCCAGGGUUCCCGAAGAGGAAUCCUGGAUGGACCCACCGCACCCAACGGUCGAGAGUGGAACUUCCUUCGUAGUCCAGGUCACGUGGAUCCAGGCAGCAUGCGACUGUCCGAUUCAGUGCGCAAUAGCUCAUUGGACAGUGACGGUUUUUAUCGGACUCGUAGUCAGACCAUGUCAAGCGCAGGCCCCCAGCGCCACCCAAGACCCUCCAAGUUCUGGCAUCGGCGGACCAAGUCGGAGAAGCGAAAGCCGCUAAACCCACCCAAUGCGGCCACGACCAGGCGCAGCUCUAUAGCCACCACGCCAGGUGAUCGCACUCCGAGCGAAUCUCUAGGAGAGGUUUAUGAACUGAUCAAUGUAAGAUCCAAGGACUCCACCCCAAACUCACCGACGAGUAAUGAAGAGUUUGUACUGAUUGGUGAGACAGGAGUGACUUCAGAGUAUCCUGUGGUCUCACCUGAAAUCCAUGAGUCAUCGGGAGACAUCUCAAAUGGAAACAUUGAGGAGAUGGGAGAGGAGACAUCAGGUCGAAAGCCAAAGGAAGCCGCUUACAGGCCGGUCUCUCAAUUAUGCGAUGAUGAUAGGGAAUGUAUGGACGUUGAUGGCGAGGACGAUGAUGGAGACGAUGACAUUCCUGCUAAUGAGUGCACACUGAAUGAGGAUUUGGACAACUUGAACAUGAACGGCGAGAUGGUAAACUUGAAUGUGAAUGGUGCUAUAGACCUGUAUGAUGAGCCACAGGACGUAGACAUGGACACAAAUAUCUCAGAACUCAAUGGAGAGGUGACCCCACUUGACCUUCCAGCAGAGGUCAUAGGUAAACUCAGUCACGAGCGGAAAAGUUACUACAGCCAGGAAUCUGUAAACAGUGCGCAGGAGACUGAACCUUUAAACGCAGAAUCAUCAUAGAACGUCUUGUAGAGGGCUUUCAGCUCCUGCAGACUUUGAACUGACAACUUAAAUCUUGUAACAUUUGAGAGGUGUCUCUCAUGAAGAGAUUCUUUUAUUCAUAGCCAAAGCUUUACCUAGACCAAAUGGGAAAUCCAUUGUCAACGUUUGCACAUCACCGAGUGUGAGGUUAACAGUAAACUUCAAGGCACACCUGCUGCAGGGGGCUCACAUAUGUGCUCACUUCCACCAGAUAUACAAAGAAUAAGUGCAAGGUAUGUCAACUGUAUGAUAUGUGGACCAUGUGUAUAGGAGAUGUGGUCCAGAGCUCUCCUUGGAAGGUUUAUGUAGGAUAUGUUCUUGUUAACAUACCUGGUAGGUAUGCCUUGAAAGUGUGUGUAGGACAUGUCCCCAGUAUCCUACUCAUGAGAUGUGUAUAGGAUAUCACCUCUGUAACUUAUCUGUUAGGUGUGUGUAUCUGGUCAGUGUGUGUAGGUCAUGUCCUCACUACGUUAUCUUAUGUAUGUUGGGUAUGUCCUCAGUUUCAUACCCUUGUUGAUAUUUCCUAGUAAGGGGCGCUUACUUUGUCAUAUACAGUAUUACUAUCAUUUGACUUGUGUUGUGCAAGCUUUAUGCUAUAUUGGACAAUGCUUUUUCCCAGCCUGUGAAUAUGUACCAUUCCCACAAAGUGCUCAUUCUUUUUGUAUAGAAAUACAGGAUGUAAAAUAUAGAAAUUAUGAAUUAUGAAAUUGGAUGUCGAUGCAUAAAAGCAAUGUGUUGUGGAUUGCUUGCUUCAUAUGUGAUGUCUCUUGGAGAGAGACUAGUAGUGGUUAAACAGGAUGUACUUGUAGUUGUAUAGGAAUAGAGCCAGACGGGAAAAUUAACUCAGAUUGUGUGCUUCAAAUAAAAGGAGUUUCAAAGGGGAACUCCUUUUACUAAAUCAUCAAAGAUAAAGGACAAAUAAAUAAAUAUUUGAAGUGGUUCCUGCUUUUUUUUCCCUAUAGCACGAUAAAGUGCUUCAUUAUAAUUAUUUGAUUUCUAAUCCAUAUAAUUGUUGGCAUAUUUUGUUUGAGAGAUAUCAAUCAGAGUCAUAGAUUGAUUUUACUGAUUGAAUCUCCUUGCAUGAUUAACAUCUGUGUAGACUGAUUAACUAACAUGCCAAGAUGGGGUUCUAUUAACUGGUAUUUGUUUUCAAGAAAUGUUUGCAUUCACAUUAUAAAUUUGGUGUAGAUGUUGAUGUAGAACUAACAAAGGGAAUUGCUUCAAAUCAAUUCUAGUAAUGAGAUACCCGACAAAGAAUUUCUGCUCAUUGUUAAAAUAUGUUUUUCUUAUAUAUAUUACCCAUGCCACAUCCAAGCAUAGUGUUUAAUUUGAAAUCUAAAGAAUUGGUGCUAAAUAUCUCUUUCUUACUCGUUUAGUCUUUGUAAUUUCUAAAAACAGCUCGGCAGUAUGAUGUACAUUUUAUACCAUUAACUUUAAUUUCAUCAUGAAUUUACCUCUUAUAUGUUGGGUCAAAUUUUGUUUGAAGGUAAAUCGUGUCAUGUUUGUUUGCCUUUGUUCUUGCCUAUGUUUGCACUUAAUUAAUUAGUAAUUUAUUUAUUUGAUCUAUCUUAGAUCCAUAUAGGGGUUGUUUUGAUUAUUUUGUUUUUUUCAGAUACCAUUACAUCAUUAUCAUACACUGGGUUUUAUUCUAUUUUUCCUAUGCAGGCAUAUAUGCAAGUUAGUGUAAUUUUUCUUUCUGUUUUCAAAAUGCUUAAGAAUUACUGCAAAGAGGUCAUGUGUAUACCUGAAUUUGAGCUCAAUGUUGACAUGAUAUUCACAGAGUUUUUUGGGCUUAUUCACUCCAAGUUUGCCUGUUGCAGUAUGAAGAGCAAAGAGUGUGACUAUUCCAUUUUUACAUUACAUGUGUUACUGAGCCCUGUCUUAUAAAAGAGUUGAGAUUUGAACCUUAUUGAUCACAUGUCCUCCAGUCAAUCACAAAGUUAACCUUUGCCCAUUUCUCAUGUCGUCAGUCGAGGAUGAGAAAUGCUCUAAGCCUACCGUUUUCUGUGGCCCUUCUCGUUCGCAACCGAUGAUGUGUAGAGUAGCGAUAGAUGUCAAACUCAAGUUGUUGAUUCAGAUCAAUGUCAUCUCUUGGUAAGAUAGGUCUGUCAUUAUUUUAGAUUGUGUUCAAUACCACAUUCUUACAGUAGACUCACUAUAUAGUCCUACUGUAAACCAAAGCAUAAUAGGGAUGAAACCAUUACCGGUGUUCAUCGUACUCUAAUUUUUUUUUCUUGCCUGUAUGAUUUAUUUAUUCAUUCAUUAGAAAUUUGUUUCUCAUUCAUCUUUCCACUUGCCCUUGCCUCCUAAUAGACAACCAAAAGAUGAAUGUUAGGCAAGAAAUUGAAAUCAUUCCUGCCCAUAGCCAUUGCCUACAGGAGUUGGGUAAUAACUGUAGUAAGCCUACUGGUAUAUGAUUGAGAGAAGUCAGUAGUAAACAGGUUAAAAUGUCAAGCAAAGCAUUUUGAUCAUUAUGUGCAGUCUUUAGAAGUGAAGUCAUAUUUAUUUUGGAGGAUGGCCAUUAUCAACUUAAUAACAAGACACUAGUUUAACAGUUUUAUUUUUGGUAACGAAAUCAUGUUUCAAAGAUAAUGUAUUUACUAUUAAACAAGUAUGAUUAAUCUUAUAAUCACAAAGUGCAUCGCAUCAUGACAUCUGACAAAUUCCAGGGUUAUUUAUUUUUCUGUGAGCUGUUUUAUUGGUUUAACAGGGUAAAAUAACUAUGGGACAUUUUUGUUUUAGUUGUUUCCUUUUGUUGGUGAUUUUCAUGACGAUUGUGUUUAUACUUGUUUGCGCCCACUUGUACAUUUUCUAUCUUCUUAACCCUUCUGUGUCAUUCCUACAGCUUUAUAGUUAACAUUACGGUACUUUUUAUUUUAGAUUUUCUAGUGGAAAUUUGUUUCCUGAGGCAGACCAAAUCUUUGGCCUCUGCAAGUGUUAUUCAUUCCCCAUUUAAUAUUAUAAACCCCUCAAAAAAGCUGUUUCCUAUCUGUAUACUCCAUUUUGGAUAGAUAUUAAGUCAAAGGUGAUUCGCUUGGCUUUAUUUGUCCAGAUUGCUUCCAUAAUAUUCUAUAUAUAUAUGUGCUUCUAUGAUGCCAGUAGCUCACUUAAUUGUGCCAUCCUUAUCCCUCGACUGCAGCCCGUCUCUGUGCUGAGUCUAGAUAGGACUGCUGCUGUAUAGGACAUUGCAAUGCAAUGAUGCUCUCUGCUUGUAGGAUAAUCAUGAGAAGAUAAUAUGUUGUACAGGAUGAGAUGCUAUGUUUUGUAAUCUUAUUGUGGAAUUGAGAUGCCACACCACAGACAUACUUGUACAGUUACUGAGUCGCCAGGCUUAAUACAGAGGAGUCGGAUGAUAUUGUAGCUACUUUCAGAUGGUUAAGCCAAAAUGUGUGUAUGGAGGGGGGGGGGGCAUAUCUUCAUGUUAUAACUUCUUUAGAUCCUACAUAUUUUUCUGAAGGCAUUCAAAUAUACAGAGAGGCUGUUUUUUGUAGAAGAUAUUCAAAGAUAUUGUAGGUAAGACUUAAUAAUGGAACACUAUGCAUGUACAUGUACUGGGUAUUUUGUGCUUUCUCAGACAUGGCUCAUGGAUUAUACUAUGGGGGGGGGGGGGGGGUUGGAUGGGGUGGAGAAAAUUCACCUGUUUAAUGAAAAAUAGAAUUUCAAAUUUGGAUAACUGUCUAUGCCAUUUGAAUUGUCAAUUCAUUAUUGUUUUUCUUAUGACAAAAGAUGAACUUUGACAAGUUCAUUUCUCCGGACGAUCACAUGAAAACAGAAUUUUCUAUGUUGAAACUCUUUGAAACUUUUGUUAAACGUUUCUUUGUUUGUCCAUCAAUUUCCUUAAGUAGAAUUGUAUUUGAAAAUCAAGUUGUGAUGAUCAUGAGGACUCUCAAUUUAUUUACGAGAAGGAAUUCUACUUGAACUUUAACUUAAUGAAUUGUGUCAAAAAGAGAUGUUAAUGCCUUAUCAAUGUGUAACACGUAUAGAGAUACUUCAAACCUAAUAUUGUACAAUGUAAUUUGAUGAUGAAAUUGCCAUUUAUGUUUAAAUAAGAGUGUUGCUUUGUAAAGUUACAUUGUACAUGUAUCUUGCUAGAUGAAAUUAUGUACAGAAGCCAAUUGGAAAUGACUGGCCCCUAUGAAUUUAUGUGAAAUGGGCUGCUAAAUUUAUUGUAUUUGAUUAUUGUCAUUUUUUUAGCACGAUGUGGCUGUCUUUAUAUAUGCUUCACAGAGAAAUAAAUGGAACAGUAUAUAAAUA